UUGNUUCAUUUAUUCAUUCAUUCAUUUUUGUCCCUAUUUGGUAUGAAAAACGAUGCCAUUAAGUUACGUUCUGUUAUGAAGUGACUGAAUACAAGUAUAGAGAGAACAAAGUUAAUAAUAAUCUAUUGCAAAGAGCAUAUGGAAAUAGAAACGUUUCCAUUCGCGUUCGUGAAAAUGUGUGAAUGGUUCUUGUCUUUCACUUCAUUUUUUUCGUCGAGUUAUUCGAAAUCGAUGGUCCUAGUUUCUCGGAAUCAUUAGAGUGCCACUUAUCUCUUUCUUGGAAUUCGUAGCUACAUCCGGUGUAUAUUGUCUACCUCUUUUCUUUGAAUUUAAAGCUUCAUCUGAUUGGCUGGUAGCUUGGCGUGACGUCGCUAUGUAUAAGAGAUGACCAAUCACGCGAUUCUACCUGCCGAUCAGAUUUGGCUCGUUUCGAAACAACUACAUAGGAAACAACAUCAGAGAAAUUACUGCGUCCCACAUUCUAAAAUGGCUGAAGCUUUUGCCAAAAAGCAGUCGAAGGAAACCGACCAGAGAGCCCCUGACUACAACCAAGCCGUUGAAAACUCGAUACGCAGUCCUCCGCUGGGGUAUGUGGUCAACAGUCAUCACAUAAAAUAUGAUUAUCGUUUCAGAGAAGAGAUCAAAAUUUAUGAUCCACUUAUCGACAGCCUGGAGCGCGCUUUAUCCAAACCCAUGUUCUGUUGUGGCGGAAGUUUACGGCCAUCAGACAUGGACAGCUGCGUUAUACAAGUAAAGCCAACAAGUUCUGAAGCAGGUCAGGAUAAUUGGAGAGAAUUUGCAUUGUCUGAUCUUCCCUUGGACGAGCUCCUGGAAUACUGCAAUCCCGCACCGUUUGGAGACAUAAAAGAAAUGAAAACAGUGCUUGAUCCCGAAGUUCGUCUGGCCUAUGAAAUCGAAUCAGCAAGGUUCAAAGUACAUGGAUCUCCUGGAAUGAUGCACAUCAGAGCACACAUCCAGGAUAAACUCACACCCGGCAGAUGUGUAAAUCUGGAUCCUUACAAGGUCAAUGUUUACGGUGAAAGAGGAUUUUUCAAGCCGCACGUAGAUAAUCCAUCUGAUCCCAAAAUGAUAGGAACUCUGGUCAUUUGUCUUCCUUCUCCACACAAAGGCGGUGAAUUGCUCGUUAACCAUGAUGGUUUGCAACAUGUCUUCGACUUUUCAAAGCACUCUGGAGAUACAAGCAGAAUUCAGUGGGCUGCAUUUUACAGCGACUGCAUUCAUGAAGUUAAACCUAUUCUCGAGGGCCACAGAGUUACAACCACCUACAACAUCAUCGCUUCAGAAUGGCCACCAAGCUAUCAUGAGUAUACGAGUCGUUAUACUGAGCCUGAAGAUGCUGUUUCUCUCCAGGAGCAUUUUGAAUGCAGCUCGGAAAGUCCCUCCUUAACAACAAAAGCCCUUGCAAAUGUGAAAAUUGAGCUUGAAAAGAUUCAAAGCAAGGCCAAAAGAUCACCAUCUAAGGUUGGAUUUCUUUUGAAACACAAGUACACCACAAAGGGUCUCCAACCACAUUUGCUUAAAGGAGAAGAUAAAGGAUUGCACGACUACUUGGUAGAUAAGGAGUGCAAGUGCGAGCUAAUGAGUGUACUGACGAGGUAUCAGACUGAUGUGGUCCGUCCCUACGGUCCUGAAGAUGACGGUGAACUCGACGAAAGUCACGAAGUCUACGAAUUCAAGCCUUUAAAAUCUACCAAACCUACUGCGUCGGUGUACGGUUCUCUUGACAGAAGAUGGCUGGCGCGAGCAAAUUAUCGUCAGUGGCGUGUUGGUAUCCCCUUCGUUGAAAUUUACAGGAAGGCGGAGAAUUCAUCACAAAUUGUUCGUAAUAACAAAGGAGACGACUGGUGGAUCGGAAACCAAGUGGAAGAUGUUGGAGUAGACAAGAUCUAUUUAGAUUCUGCAUUCAUCGUGGAACUUUGACUUUCACUGGCGCAUCAGCACAAAGUAUAUUAGGUUUAGAAAUAUUUUGAUCCACCGACCUAGUGUAUCAACCGACAAGUGAGAACAUGAACCACUCUAACGUGAAAAACGACACGUCUGCUUAUGAACAAUGUUGCCCUGAAAAUAACUUUUCACGCUUGUUAUCAUUUGCCAGAGCGCAGGAUGUAUUUAAGUUACGUAAUGGCCGACUAGUUCUCGAGUAGUAAGCGAGACUCCUACGCAUUUGUUUAAUUGUAAGCGAGGAGGCAAGAUAUUGUUCACAAAAUAAAUGCAAGCAUUCGCCAAGA